AAAGGGGGGGAAUGCCCGUCCUGUCACUAUAUAGAGCCGAUCUCGUGAGCAACGGCAAGAACGGGACGAUAGGGACGGGGCGGGGAGUCAUGUUCGCGGGAUGGAGCAGCGGCGCUGCUUCUCCGGCUGUUGGCUGUUUCGGCAGGAUGGGGAACAGACGCGGCCUUUUCUGGCUGCUGUUUUGGUCCUUUGUGUCUCUCGCAGCCGGCGUUGAAGACGAGCCCCCUCUUUUCUCCGCUCCCGAAGAAGUUUCCCUGGAAAACCACAGCGUGCAAACAAUCACACUCACCUUCAGUGCUCCACCCAACGAGACUUUGGCAGUAAGCUUCAACUUGACGUAUGCAUCCAAAAAGAACAUCACCAUCGUUGAAUUGCCCGACCAGGUCAUAAUUACCGCAGGCCAAAAGGAGGCACAUUUCCUUGUGAGUGCUAAAGAGGUCGGGCAGGUGACGGUAUAUCUGCAGGUGAACACAUCCGACCAGAUCGGGCCCAGAAUCCGCUUCCUUGUGAUUCACAGCAAGGCCGUAAGGAUCGUGGACCAAGUGAUAGGUUGGAUCUACUUCCUAGCCUGGUCGGUUUCCUUCUAUCCUCAGGUGUUUGAGAACUGGAGACGCAAAAGUGUUGUGGGACUCAGCUUCGAUUUCAUCGCGUUGAACCUGACCGGCUUCAUUGCCUACAGCGUCUUCAACAUUGGGCUCUUUUGGAUCGUCCCUGUAAAGGAGCAAUUCCUGCACCGGUAUCCCAAUGGAGUGAAUCCUGUGGACAGCAACGAUGUGUUUUUCAGCCUCCACGCUGUAGCCCUCACUUUGUUCAUCAUCUUCCAGUGCUUAAUCUAUGAGAGAGGAAGUCAGAAGGUGUCUCGAGUCGCCAUUGGGUUCCUGGUGGCGGCGUGGCUGUUUGUCUUCACCACCCUGGCUGUGACGGUGGCCCAAAUAAUCACCUGGUUGCAAUUCUUGUUUUAUUUCUCCUACAUCAAGCUGGGAAUCACGCUCAUCAAGUACUUCCCGCAGGCCUAUCUAAACUUUCGCCGGAAGAGCACCAUGGGCUGGAGCAUUGGCAACGUCCUGCUGGACUUCACUGGAGGUGCCUUCAGUCUCAUGCAGAUGUUCCUGCAAUCCUACAACAACGACGCAUGGAAGCUGAUUUUUGGAGACCCCACCAAGUUUGGCCUCGGCCUCUUCUCCAUCAUCUUCGACAUUGUCUUUAUGAUCCAACAUUACUGCUUGUAUCGCACCCCCAUUUACGAGCAGUUUGAGUAGCUCAGUAGCCUGUCCCGAGGGUGCCCGCUGCAUCGGGAAGCUUUAUUCCAAAGAAAACCAAGACUGGCAACUCGAGUUUCCACACCACCUUAAAUUGCACCAAAACUCCUUUUCCACUUUGUGCCUUCGCGUCUUGCAAUCCGGCAGUGCGGCCUUGCCAACGUCAUCUUCCCCUGAAUUCCUCAGGUGUGAAGUCCUCAAAAAAGCUUCCGGGGAAGUCAUGGUCCGCAAAAGAAGAAUAAAUGCUCCUGUUUUGCCAUCCAAUUUCUUAACAGAGUUGCGACAGGAACCCUACAUUGAAGGCAUCUUAGCCAGCAAGAACCUGCUUUAGGAGAAGGCUGGUUACGAGGAAGGGAAAAACAGUUGUCAUCUUUAAAUCAGUUAAACCUGAAGGACAUCUCGUGUGACUUCAGGACCCCCGGUGUCCCCUUUUCUCUUGAACGGGGGUGGGGGGUGGGGGAGAAAUGGAUGAUGUGGGACCACCUCGAAAAGCUUUACGUUGGUGUCAAAGAACAGCGUGCUGAAGAACCUCUAUGUGAAACGGUUGAAUUCAGGGAUUGAUAUUAUUAAAGAUUGUGUAACAGCUCCU